UCCACGACCAAUGCCCGCCCUAAACCCGCCAGAACUCCCACCGAGCCCGUCGACGCCCUCUCGGACAAGGCCACGACGGCCUUUGUGCGCCGCGUCCUCUGCGCCCACCAUGUGCCGUCGGACGACAAGGGGCGGCGCCCGGCGCUGGACGAGCUGCUGCCGCCGCUGACCAGCUCCAACGACGUCGACCUGCAGCUGUACGCCAUCAUCGCCGUCAUCAUCAAGGACUUUGUCUACGCGUGGUACGCCAAGAUCACGCCCGACCACGCCUUUGUCGACAGCGUGCUCCAGAUCAUAGCCCACUGCACGCGCGCCCUCGAGCAGCGCGUGCGCAACGUCGACCUCGAGGCCCUGCUGCUCGACGAGCUGCCCGCCCUGCUCGAGCAGCACUUUGACGCCCACCGCCUCGCCCACCGCUGCUCGCACGCCGACGCCCUCGCCCCCGACCCGCGCCAUAUCUACCACACGCUGCAUCCGCAUCCGGCCCUGGACCCCGUGCCUGCGUCGCCCGACCAGCUGCUGGCCCAGCAGGAACACGAGGCCGCGUGGCGCCAGCUGCUCGUGCAGGGCGUGCUGGCCGUGCUGCUGCCCACCGAGGACCUGGACAACGCGUGCCUGCGCGCCCUCGUCGGCGAGAUCGUGGCCGAGAUGAUCAUCGGCGGGGCCGUCGGCUCCAAAAUGGCCGAGCCCUGGUUCCUGUGGGAGGCGGUUGAAAAGGUGGCCGAGGCACUGCAGCAGAGGAAAGAGAAGGGAGAAGAAGAAUUGGACAAGGAGAAAGCGACGAGUCGGCUGGAGCAGUUUGGGCUGCUAAGUGCAAGGAGCGAGAAGCAACAACCCGAGGCUUGGCGCAGCUGGGUCUUCUGGAGCGCGGGCUUCUGGAGCGUGUGCCAGAUUCUGUUUGUGGCGUUUAGUAUAUUGCGCAGCGUGGUGCUGGCGGGACUGGCGGCACCGGGGCUGGGCGGGCGAGGCGAGUGGGCAUCUCAGCCGGUGCCGGUGGUAAGCAUGAGGGCAUGGACGCUGGCGGGGGUCGUGUUGGAGAUGGACGGGCGCAUGCCGUGGACGGCGGGGAUGCUGGGGCUGGCGCAAUGGGCCGUGAUGCGCGGGCCGGGGCGGGUGGGUGACACAAACGGGCCAUUGGACAAGCUCCUCUCGCACCACCUCCGCGCCCGCCUCCUCGACCCCGCCCACCUCCCCCCAGCCCUGCGUGCCCUGCGCGCCUCCCUCUUCCCCAACAACGCCCCAGGCGCCCCGCGACCCCCGCCGCCCACCAAAACAGAAGCAGCGGCUACGCGCGCCCGCGCCGCCAAAGCCCUGCUGGCUGCGCUGCCGCCCGUCGUGCGGCGCCUUGUGUUUGGACGGGGGAGGCUGGGCGGGUGGGACGUCGGUACUGCUGCUAGUAACGGUGGAGGUGCCGACGCCGAAGCCAUGCAGGCUGAUGUCGAGGCGCUGCUGGACGUCUUUGGCGACGCGUACCUGAACAAACACCUUGUAUUCGGCAUUGUGGAGCUGGUGGUUGCGCGCCUGAUGCCUGAGCUC